AGUAUUUCUGAGCACACUGUCUAAAAUUACCAUGGGGCUUUCAUCAUUCCCAGCGAGGAGCAAAGCCUAGUCUCCGGUGAGCGUCUUACAAGGGAAAAGGGAGCCAAUCUAUCGGCGUGAUGGAGAAUGACACAAUAGAGGAAUUUGACGCUAUUGGACAAGAUGACAUCUAUACUUGUUUGGCUAAAGCAGAAGAUCAGCUUGAACCCAUAGAAGAAGAAACUGAGCCUGAGGAAGAGGGCGACCUAAGUUUCUAUCCCACAGAUCUCUAUGACUCACAGAGCAGAGUAGGAAUCUUUCCAGAAAAAGGAAACGAGGAGCAAGAAGAGCAACAACAAGAUGAAGAGCAACAACAAGAUGAAGUGCAACAACAAGAUGAAGUGUAUGAAGGGACUUCUGCUCCUGAACAGAUCCAGACAGAAAGUGAAAUAGAAGAACUGGCAAGGCUGUAUGGAUUGUCCGAGGAUAAUGACAAAGACUCAGUAGUAGAUCCAUUGCUAUUAGUGCCAUUAUCCAAAUAUACCCCAACACAACACAAUGUUGAAAGUACAGAAGAACCCCUAAUAUUACCCAAACAAAGUAAACUAAGUGAAAUCCAUCCUGAUGAAGACAAGCCCUCUAGACUGCCAGAUUUAUCAAAGAGUGAACAAUUCAAAACUGACAGACUUGAGCCUAAUGGUGAAGGUGUGCAUCCUAAAGAAAAAGGAGAAGGCCUUGAAGUCAAACCUUCCCCCCAUAAUGAUCACCAGAUAGAUGAAACGCCACAGCUGCAAAGCCAAACUCCAAAAAGUGAAGAAGAACCCACUGAGCCUACAAACACUAACCAAGAAAACGAUGUUCAAGGUUCAUGUUCUGAGGAGACCCAAAGUUCUUCCACUGAUAGUAAGGAAACUGAGGAACCUCCGGACAUAUUCUGUCUUGAAUGUAAAGUCCCUAUUAGAGCUUUUGACAAGCUUUUUGGUAUACACAAAGACCACAGUGUCAAAGAAAUAACAUCUGCUGUAGAAGACAUCAAGGAAGAUAUUCACAAAAACAUGUGCAAACUGGAAGACCAGAUUACUCAAAUGGAGAACUUUGCCGGUCAUCUGGAAGAGAUAUAUAUCACAAUCGAGGAGAAUUUUGGGCGACAAGAACAGAACUGUGAGAUGCAUUAUGCAGAAGUAAUGGAUUCAAUUGCAUCCAAGCAUGAAGAUAAGUUACAGGUUCUGGCAGAUGAAAAGAAACAGAAGUUGGAGUCGUUAUUUGAGCAGUUAGUCGAAUGUGGAAAAAGUCUUGACACCUCGAAAGAUUUAAUGGAGGCUACACAGAAAUGUUUUAAAGAGAACGACAAGGUCGCAUUUGUGAAGGCUGCACUUGACACAACCAACAGACUCAACAAAUACUUUAGCAGGGACAUCAAUUUAAAUAUUUCUACGGAUGCGGAAUUUGAAAACAAUAACUUCGAUUUUUCUGAAGUGGAAAAGCUUUUAGAUUCUAUAAAUACGCUUCCAGUGCCUUCAGCUCCCGUAAUUAACCCUCAAGCACCUAACUCUGCCACAGCAACAUCUCUCCGUGUAUGCUGGAGUCUUUUCUCAGAAGAUACAGUAGAACAUUACCACCUCUUCUAUAAGCCAGUAUCUGAUGUUGCUCCAGGGGAGGAUCGGCAAGAAUUUAAGAUAAAAUCCAAAGAAACAUAUUGUACAGUAAUGAACCUGAUGCCGAACACACAGUAUGAAUUCUGGGUUAUUGCAAUAAAUGCCAGUGGAGAGAGUCCAGCAAGUGAAAAUGCAGUGUAUGUGACAGCUCCGGCUCCUCCCAUUAUUAAAAGGCGAGAAUGCCUGAGUUGUGAGAAUGCAGCUUUUAUUUGUUGGGAAUCGGGGAACAUUAAUCCAGUAGAAUCAUACACUGUGGAAAUACAGAAAACAGAAAUUGAGAUCCAAGACAAUUCGGUUUCAGAGUGUAUUGUUGGAAUUCCCAUCUGUGAAUCCCUCAUCCAUCUGAAGCCGAGUGAGACGUAUCACAUCAGUGUCAGAGCUGUGAAUGUGGGGGGGCCGAGCGAGAGCAGCAAGUCUGUUCCCAUUCAUACUACAGGUACAUUUUUCUAUCUUAAUGAAGAAACUGCUCAUCCACUGCUCUCUAUUUCUGAUAAUGGAUCCACAAUUUCUUGUGAAGAGGAGGAAAGUCUGGAGGAUUUACCUUAUCAAUGCAAUAAUUUCUCAAGAUGUAUUGCUGUCCUGGGAACCCUCAUACCCUUCAAAGGAAGACAUUACUGGGAGGUGGAGGUGGAUGAGAGCACAGAGUACAGGCUUGGAGUUGCCUAUGAAGACACAAACAGAAGUGGAAUGCUUGGAGCGAACAAUAGUUCCUGGUGUCUGAGGCACAUCUGUACACGAACACGGCACAGAUACGAGUUCCUGCACUGUGGAGUGUCCCCGGACGUUCGGAUAUCAAUACCACUGACAAGAAUUGGAAUCCUGCUGGAUUAUGACUAUGACAUGUUGUCCUUUUUCAAUAUGAACAUUCACCAGCACUUAUACACGUUCGAAUGCCACUUUCAGCAUCUAGUGCAUCCAUGUUUUGCGCUGGAAAAACGAGGACGAUUGAAGAUACAUAAUGGUAUUGCAGUACCCCCUUCACUGAUUUUGUCCUAAGAAGAGUAUAUAGUAAUUGAUAUAAAAUCAUCUCUCCCAGAUCCUGGAGAAUUAUGUAUAUACAGCAAUGUGGCUAAAAAAGUAACUGGAGAAGUCCCCAUCGCUUUCAAUAUUGUAGAUCGGAUAUUAAGCUCACAGAGAAAAGUGGACUAUUGUAAAAAAAUAAAUGU